AUGCGGACACAGGUCGAGGUGCCUAUCUACAACGAUGUCGAGCGAGUCGCGGCGACGGACAUGUCGUUCGGGGCGAUCCUGAAGGGUACGGCUGCGAAUCCCAUGACUACGUUUGAGAAGAAGGCUGCCCUCAUCAACGUGGAGAUCGACAACUUUGGUUUGGGAAGGUACCAGAUAUGCAUCUGGUUUCUGUGCGGGUUUGGGUACUUCCUUGACCUGGCGUGGUCGCAGGGCGUGGGCUUAAUUGCUUCCGCUGUGUACCAGGAGAUGAACGUUCCGCCUGCGAGACAGGGAGACAUUUUCUCAUUGGCGAAUGCCGGGCUUGCUGUUGGCGCACUUACCUUCGGCGUGUUGGUGGACAUCAUUGGGAGGAAAUGGGCGUUCAAUUUGACCUGUUUGAUCACCUCCAUCUUCGGACUGCUCAUUGCUGCGCCGAAGUACAACUACGAAGCUGUAUGCGGAAUCUAUUUCCUCGCGAGUCUUGGACUGGGAGGCAACAUUCCCAUCGAUGCCACCAUCGCCUUGGAAUUCCUUCCUCAGAGUCGCCGCAAUCUGGUCGCCCUCCUCUCCCUCUGGCAGCCGAUUGGUGUUGUGGCCGCAUCCGGUAUCGCAUACGGCACCGCCGCUAAAUACCGUUGCGAUCCCACUCUUCCUGCCUGCAACGCCGUGGGCGCAGGAGAAGCCUGCUGCUCAGUUUCCAGCAACAUGGGAUGGCGAUACGAGGUCAUCAUCCUCGGCUGCGUCACCCUAAUCAUCUUUUUCCUCCGCUUCUUCGUGUUCACUUUCCACGAGUCGCCAAAGUUCCUCCUUGCCAGAGGAAAAGAGGCCGAGGCGAUUGAGGUACUCCACAAGAUUGCGAAAUUCAACCGCGCUCCGCCGCCAGCACUAACCUUGGAGAUGUUCGCAGCGCUCGACGAGAUGGAUUCCAAUACAUCCACCGUCAGUGUGGAAGGCCCGCGAACUCGCAAGGAGAUGGCCAGAAAAGUGGGCAGGGACAUUGGCAAAGAGCUCAAGCGCUUGAAGGGAGUCUUCGCGAACAAGCUGCAGUGCUUCACCUUCAUUCUGCUCGCCGUUGCGUAUAUGGGCGACUACUGGUCUUUCAACCUCGCAGGUGCCUUCCUGCCUCUCAUCCUCCUGCGAAACAACGUCUCAGACGGCCGCGGUUCCGUGUCGGACACGUAUAAGCAAUACGUUAUUAUCUAUGCCCCGGGAGUCAUUGGCGCGACACUUGCCCUCGUAUCCGUGCAGAUGCCGCUCGUCGGUCGCAAGUGGUCGCUCGUGUUUUCGGCUAUCUGCCAGGGUCUUGCAAUGGCCAUGUAUACGCAAGUGAAGAACACGGCGGGAUACGUGGGCUUGAAUGCUCUCGAGUAUAUCAUGCAGACGUACUUCAACGCCGUGCUGUACGCCUCUGCCCCCGAACUCUUCGACACCACCUACCGAGGUACUGUCAGCGGUAUGUUGUCUUGCCUCGGUCGUAUAGCAGGUAUUGUCGCGCCAUUUGCAGGCGCCAGCUUCCUCGCAGAUCAGAGCUCAGGCAUUUUGUGGCUGGGAGCGGGCGGUAUCUGGCUUGCUGCGCUUGUCAUGGUGUUUUUGCCAGUCGAGAUGAGGAACAGACAGAUGUUUUAG